AUGACCGAGGGUACUGAGCUUGACGCCAGGAUCAUACCCGACUGUCAAAGUUAUGGUACUGGUUUUUAUCUUUGGCAGGGACAGUUAUCAAAUGACGAGCUCAAAUUGCAAGAUGGUGAUAAAGUCUUGAUUGAAAUAAUAGCAGACUAUAAUUUGGUGAAGAAAACAGGUGUUAGUCUGGUAUGGGACAAAUUUAUGAACGAAAAUAUGAUUGAAUACCAUCUUUGUGCGUAUGAACGACACCCAUCUCAAAAUCAGGUCAAUGAUGAUGACAUCAUUCAUGUCGAAGAUGAUAAUCACAUAACAAAAUCACCAGACUUUUCAAAAUUCCCAAAUCUCGAGAAGUUGAUAUUGAAAGGUUGUAAGGAGUUGAUUAAGGUUCACUCAUACAUCGGGGAUCUUGGAAGACUUUCUUUGGUAGAUCUUGAAGGCUGCAGAAUGCUAAAGGAUCUCCCACUGAAUUUCUAUAAAUCCAAGUCUAUUGAAACUCUACUACUUAAUGGUUGUUCAAGUUUUGAAGACUUGGCUGAUGGCUUAGGGGACAUGGUAUCAUUGACGAUUUUGGAAGCAGAUGACACAGCCGUCAGACAAAUACCAUCUUCCAUAGUAAAAUUGAAGAACCUACCAAGUCUCACUGGUCUUUCAAAGCUCAAGGUCUUGUGUGUAAAUGCAUGCGAAUUUCUUCGUGCAAUCCCAGAUUUACCAGCCAAUUUGUAUGUUCUGAAAGCAAAUGUCUGCCCAAAUUUGGAAACAAUUCCAGAUUUUUCAAAAAUGUCGAAUAUGAAAGAAUUGCAUCUAAGUGAUUCGUUCAAACUCACUGAGGUUCCAAGCUUGGAUAAGUCAUUAAACUCCAUGACAAGGAUUCAUAUGGAAGGCUGCACCAAUCUGACUGCCGAUUUUAGGAACAACAUCCUACAGAGAUGGACUUCUUGUGGAUUUGGUGGAAUUUUUUUGAAUGGAAUUUAUGAUAUUCCGGAGUGGUUCAAAUUCGUCAAUGAUGUGGACAAUAUCGUCUUCUUUGAAGUUCCUCAAAGAAUCAUGGGUCGGGAUUUAAAGGGGUUGACUAUAUGCUUCUACAACCCAGUACUUGAUAGCAUUUGCAUUAUCGUUAGAAAUCUUACCAAACAAACUACUUUGCACACCAAGAUAGCAUUUGCGAGAUACGGAAGACCAGAACCCUAUUUGUUUUGGUGGAGACGAUUGUCAAACGACGAACCUGAAGACGUUUAUCUUUGGCAGGGACAAUUUUCAAACGACGUGCUCCAUUUGCAAGGCGGGGACCAAGUCUCCAUUAUUGUAAGGCCUGAUGAUGUUGAUUUAGUGAGAGUGAAUAAGACAGGGGUUCAUCAAACUAGUGUUAUACAUGAACAAUUAGCAGUGGAACCAUAUCUGGAUUUUUUUGGGGAAACUGAUAAUGAGGCAGGACGGAGCCAUGACGCCUUUGUUUGGACUAAUCAAUCGAGUGCUGUGGGUGAACAAUUAGCAUUGGAGUUUAUGACUCCAUUUCAAGAAAUUGUACCAUACUGA